ACAUCUGACUGGAACCGGCUCUGAGCGCAUAAAUAAGGCCGUGUGUAAAGACAGCAACACACCAGUUGCAUGUAUGCAACAGAUGCCGGCUAAUAAUAACAACCUGCUGCGCCUUUAAGAGGAUGACUGAGAAGGAAACCUAAUAUCUGUCCAAUAUCGAGCUCAAGUCUCCAUCAAUUAACUGCGAGAGCCGAGAAGAGGACGAUAUCUGAAUCAGUCCAAGACUCCACCACCACCGCCUUUUUUUUGUUUGUGUUGUUUCUGUUUUUGUUUUGUCACACAUAAACCGGAUUAAAUUACGCAUUGCACCUUUAAGGAGCUGUCACCGGGAUUAGAGUUACGCGCAGUGAGCCAAGUCGGCCUCUGAAGGGGGUUUUACGCACCGUCGGUUUCCAGGGAAGGGUCUCCUUCAACGACAUUUUCUCCCUCUUGUCUUCCUCUUCGUCGCUGGUCCUGACACCGCCGGGGAGCAGCCUCCACACCGUGCGCCAUGGCCGAGACAGGGAAAGGGGUCACCGCCGGGAAACUGGCCAUCAACGUCCAGAAGAGGCUCACCAGAGCGCAGGAGAAGGUCUUGCAGAAGCUCGGCAAAGCAGACGAGACCCGAGACGCUGCCUUCGAGGAGAUGGUGGCCAACUUCAACAAGCAGAUGACUGAAGGCGGCAAACUGCAGAAAGACCUGAAAGCCUACCUGGUAGCAGUGAAAACGAUGCACGAUGCGUCGCGGCGGCUUCAGGACUGUCUGGCCGACAUGUACGAGCCCGAGUGGUUCGGCAAAGAGGAAAUAGACACGAUGGCAGAGGACACAGACACUCUGUGGUUAGACUACCACCAGAACCUCUCGGACAAAUCCGUCACCUCCAUGGACACGUACCUGGCUCAGUUUCCUGAUAUUAAGGCUCGCAUCGCCAAGCGCGACAGGAAGAUGGUCGACUUCGACAGCGCCAGGCAUCACUUCGCCUCCUUACAGAAAGGGAAGAAGAAGGACGAGGCCAAGAUCGCCAAGCCAGCAGCCCUGUUGGAGAUGGCGGCUCCCAGCUGGGCUCAGGGUUUGAUAUCAGCCCACCAGGUGGCUCAGACUAACCUCUCCUACAACCAGGCAGAGGAGGACCUGGGUCGAGCUCAGAAGAUUUUCGAGGAGCUGAACGUGGAGUUACAAGACGAGCUUCCAGCACUGUGGGACAAUCGUGUUGGCGUCUAUGUUAACACAUUCCAGGGUCUGGCAGGUCAACAGGAGAAGUUCCACAGGGAAAUGGGCAAGCUCAGCCAAAACCUGAACGACAUCAUGACCAAACUGGAAGAGCAGCGGCAGCUGAAAAAAGGUGACACUGCAGCGGCAAAGACAGGAGACGGUGCCAAGAGUGAGGAAGCCAACCACAGCGAAUCAGCCAGCUCACCACCAAAGAUGGGGCAGAGGCCCGGGCCUCCUCCCAGUCGGCCUCCGCCUCGACUGACGCCGUCUCCGGACCAGAGACAGCAGCAUGUGGACCUGUCUGAGGACGAGGCUAACACAGACUUUACUACCACAACGACACAAAAGAAAUCUGACCCCUGGUCAGGGAUGAGCCUGCUGGAUUGGGAUGUGGAGGUAUUACAACCCGCCACAUUUCCAGCUCCCAAGGCGCCGUCAUGGGACUCAUGGAGUGCGGUGACCAAUGGCUCUGAUGGCGAACUCCCUCCAGGAUUCCUCUACAAGGUAAAAGCGAUACAUGAUUACGCUGCCACUGAUGGUGAUGAGCUGGAACUGAAGAUGGGAGACGUUGUGCUGGCUUUGGCCUUUGACAACCCAGAUGAACAGGAUGAUGGCUGGCUCUUGGGUGUGAAGGAGUCUCACUGGGUGCAGAGCAAAGAUAUUUCAGUUAAAGGCGUUUUCCCUGAGAACUUUACUCAGAAGGUUUGAGGUUCAUGCCACGUGAAGAUUAUGCUCCUCUCCUGUGCCCCAAACCACCUCAGAUAUCUUUAUCUGAUAAAGACAUGGUCGAAUCGUCACUAAAGAUCUAUUGAUACACCAAUAUGAAUCAGUACAUGAUUAGAUAUGUGUGCUGAAAUACAGGUACAUCUCAAUGGCUAUGAUACCAAAUGAUUUGUUUGAGCAGUUGAAAACAGUGCCAGUCGACUCAUCAGUGCUCUCAUUAGCACACUCACACAAACCCAAUUGAAUGAUACAGAUAAAAGAUGAUAAAGUUUCACCACGACUCAUUGUACACCCAAAAUUCAACUUGCUCUUGCUUUGAUUUCUUAUCCCUGAAUUAUUUGUAUUUUUUUUUGCCGAGCUCAAAUGAAACACAAAACAAUGUGUUGACAAUUUUUAAAAAAAGGAGACAUAAGUCAUGGAUGCACUGUAUGAAUGUCAAAAUAUUUUAUGUUGUGUAUGUCAACGGCUUUUGAAAAAAAUGUACGUUUUGAGAGCUUUUCACGGUUCCUUGCAUGAAGCAUUUGGUUGUAUUGUCAUUUACUUUGUGACACAACAAACACUGUGACACCAGGUGGGAUCUCUCUGUGGAAUGUGGCUGUGAUUGUCUGAAAAAAGCAGGUGUCCUAGAAUAGAGCCCUGGAGAACACCACAGAUAUACAAUAUGUUUGCAGGGCUUCGUCUUGCAUUGUCAAAAUCUAUUACAGUUCCUUGGGCUUGUAGGAUUUUCAAAGGGAACAGUAGUUUUUCAUUUAUUUUAUUGGCCAUUUUGAGGACAUGACUUGAUGUGUGGCUUAACAUUUUCUAAUGCACAUACGGUUUUAUUUUGAUUUUUGAAUCAUCUUUUCAUUGAUGGAUAAAAUGCAGACUCUUCAUCAUUAUGCUGAUUUUUUUCCCCCUGAAUCUACUUUAGUUACCACUAUUUAUGACGAUUUAGUUUAGACUUCAUACAUUAAUAAGUGAUAAUAAAUAUGAUCCCGGAUCUCUCUCUCUUUUGCUCCAUAACACUGGGUCACUACUGUGCAGACACAUUUUCUGUUUCUAGGUUUAGUCUGCAAACUUUGGAGUCCAUAAAUGUGAUGCAAGCAGCUAAAUGAGAGACAUCCAAAGGAGUUUUAAAUAAAUAUCCUCCAGAAACCAAAGUUCAACCCAUGCAAAAGGUAUUUUUACAUUAUGUGGGAUUAAUGAAUAAGGAAUCUGUCCAUGUGGUAACUAAUGCACCAUCUGUUGGAUCAAAUCAGACUCAUUAAAGAUGAAUGAAACAAUA